AAACCGCCAAGACGAGAAAGGAAGGCAUUGAAAAAGCAAAAGCGAUCCAACAACCGCUCAAAAUUCACUCCUCUCAUUCCUUCUCUGCUUCCACCAUCUCCAGGUUCAAAAAUGGCGGGAAAAGGCGGCAAGGGGCUUUUAGCCGCAAAGACUCCAGCUGCUAACAAAGAUAAGGACAAGGACAAGAAGAAGCCCAUCUCUCGGUCCUCCCGUGCUGGUAUACAGUUCCCAGUGGGACGAAUUCACAGGCAUCUUAAAACAAGAAUAUCUGCAAAUGGGCGAGUUGGUGCGACUGCUGCAGUGUACCUAGCAUCAAUUCUGGAGUAUCUGACCGCGGAAGUGCUGGAGUUGGCUGGAAAUGCGAGCAAGGAUCUGAAAGUGAAGAGGAUCACUCCAAGACACCUUCAGCUGGCCAUUAGAGGAGACGAAGAGCUUGAUACCCUGAUCAAAGGAACCAUUGCUGGAGGUGGUGUGAUUCCUCAUAUUCACAAGUCCCUCAUUAACAAAGCCUCCAAGGAUUGAGACAUUCACUUGUAUCACUAAGUAGUUUAGCUUAAUCUUCAGACAUUUACUACUGGCAUCCAAGGAUUGACACAUUCAUUCCUUGCAUGCUUUUGUGAAGCCUUGUUAUUAUUUUCCCUCUUCCUUCUUUUGUGUAUUUGGACAAGUAUAUUUGUUCAGUGUAAGAUUGUUAUGUUUUGUUGGAUAGUUUUUAAUUUACCUUACUUUCUACAA